CUACCCCUGUUAGUAUCAUUUAUGGAAAUCGUCGACCAGUUGGUAGUCAGUGUCCAACUUCGCCUUUUCCUCGUAAAGAUGUGAGAAGAACCAAGCUUUUCUAGUCAUUUUAGUCACCAUGUUGUAGAACUGACUUCAUUUCCAGAAUGAAUCAGCUUCAAAGCCUUCUUCAUGAUUCUUUGAUAGCAACGGGUCACGUUGAACAUUGUGCUAUAAUUCGACGAAAGGACACUUCUCUCCGAGCCAGCACUGUCGGCUUUUCGCCAUCUUUGGACAAUAUACAUGCAUUGGUUCAUUCCUUUACAAACAGUGCUCACGCCAGAAAGGAGGGCCUUAAAUUCCAGGACACAAUUUAUGAAUGUGUCAGGGCUGAUAGAUUCUCUGUUUAUGCAAAACACGAAAACAAUGGAAUAAUCUUGGUGCGUACAGCUACUUUGCUGUUGGUGGGCACAUAUACACCAGAAAUGAGUCCAAGUAUUUGUGUUGAGGCAGUUGAAAAACUAGACUAUUUCAGGGAAAAAGGGAAGUGAUCAGUGCAACACAAAUCACUAUCCCAUAUGUUAAAAGACAGAGUGUUCCAGGAUUUUUUAGAGUUGAAAUUUAUCGAUUGAUCCAGCACACAUUUCUUGUAGGAACAAAUAUGUGAUUCACAUUUGAAACAAUUUGUUAGAGCCAUGGGAGAGGAAAACAAUCUACAACCAAUAUUGACAGAAAGAUAAAGUGUAUUCAGCACAACCUAUGCAAGAAAAUAUGUUAGUUUAUUUAUUUUAACUUGAAAACUUUUCAAUUACCUUUUACAAUUAUAAUAGAGUAAUUUAAUAGUGUAGCCUUCAACUUAAACAACAUGUUUACACAAUUCCUUGAUGAUGUACAGUGUGCUUUGUUGAAGAAAAUCCUAGAAAACAGUGUUUAUUAUUAUUCUUAUCUCUAAGUUGUAUUAAUUCCUGGUUAGUUAUUUCUUAAGGGAUCCCUCUUAGGAAACACCAUUAAUUUUACCAUGGUGCAAUUUUGAAACUUGAAAUCUUCUGACAAAUUUGGUUUUUCUUCACAAAAAAACAAAAUUUUGGCCAACACUUUGAACAAAAAAAAACUCCAUCUAAAAGUUUGAAUAAAGGAAAUAAUAUGAACCAUACUUAUGUAAUUUAAGGGGAAAAGAAAAACAAAAAUUGUCAAGAAUAUAUGACAAUGAAACUAUUUAAAUUAUAAGAAGAUCUUAGGCAUCAUGAAAUCUAAAGCCACUUGAUGGGCACAGAGAUGGACAGAAAUAAUUUUUGACUGAAACGAAGUGUGGAAAAAAGGCUUUAGUGAUUUUGAGGUAACAUCUACUUCUCCCAUCUGUUUCACAAGAGACUACAAAACAAUUUGGAAGGAGAAUGUAGUCAAUCAGAAGUCACUAAGGCUUUUUUUCAUCUACUCUUUAAUGUAACUUCAAGUAGACCUGCUUUCCCAGAGUAAUCCAUCAUGUAAGUCAAUACAAACCAAAAGAAACAGAAUAAUUCACUUCUACCAUUAGCUAGCCAUAAAAUGCUCUCCCACAUUUCCUCCUCCAUAAAA